ACAAACAAUAUUUUUUGACUAUGCCUUCUAAUCAGAUUAAAAAUUGCUAACCAUUUGAUUAUUUUUUAUUCAUCAGCUAUGCUUACGCUUGCUCUGGUUGAAUUGUUUGAGGAAGUUAUAAUGACUAAUUUUUUUAUUGCAUUGUAUUAGAGUAACACAAGUUGUCCCCUAAGAAGUCCGACAUGGUAUAAAUAAACAAGUGCACAAUAGUAUAUAAGUUAGAGGACACACACACCCAUUGGCUUCAGUGCCUUAAAUUUUAACAUGUUAUUAGAGCUGCGUAUCCAUAACGUCUCCUGAUUCAAAAAAACAAACAAUCGGGAAAAAAAAAAAUCUGAAAAAGAAAAAAAAAUCCGGAAAAUAAAACUAAGGAAAAAAAAGCGAAGUCAUAUAGGCCUCUGAAACUUCGGCAAGGAGCAGAUGUCUAACGAUUUAUGUUCCGCUUGAGUACAAGCCUAGACAAAGCAAGUCGUACGACCUCUGAGACUCAAACAAAGGAUCAUAAGUCUAACACUCGAUGACGUUCCUUGAGUACAAGCCUAGGCAAGAAGCAAGUCGUAAGGCCUCUGAGACUCGGACAAUGGAACAAAAGUGUAACACCUGAUGACGUUCUGCUUGAGUAUAAGCUUAGGCAAGAAGCAGGUCGUAAGGCCUCUGAGACUCAAACAAAUGAGUUCAAGCCCAGACAAGAAGGAAGGAAAAAAAUGGAGUCCCACUUGAAGGGGGAGAAUAAACAAGUGUACAAUAGUAUAUAAGUUAAAGAACAAACACACCCAUUGCCUUAAGUGCCUUAAGGUUUUGUGGUGAUGUGAAUGUAACUUAAAUUCUACACAUUGGACCUAAUAUGAACAAGUGAUUCUAGAUGGGGACAUCCUGAAUUUGUGAUUUACAAGUUGUAUAUUUUAUCAAUUACUGCUAUAAGUGUAUAAGGGUAGAAUAGGGAUAUGUAAAUAUCGACAGCUGGAUACAGCUGUAAUGACAGCUGUUAUUAGUUAGGAUUCAGUUAGGAUUUGAUAACUGAAUAGUUAGCUUGAAGAGCAAGCUACCAGCACUCUAUAUAAGUCAUCUACUCACUAUUGUAAUAUUCAGCAUAAUGAAAAUAGAAAUUCAGUUUCAGAUUCUGUUACAGUUUCUCUCUCUUCUCUCUCUCUCCUUUUCUCGUUUUCUCUGGUUCUAUCAUGGUAUCUAGAGCUUAGGUUCAAUGGCAGAAGCUUCAUCUUCAACGCUUCCCUCAUCUUCUUCUUCUACGCUUCCCUCAUCUUCUUCUUUGCAUGAGAAAGCUUUGACUCAUGCUGUCAUCAAGCUUGAUGACACGAAUUUCUACUCCUGGAAACAACUGGUUGAAGGAGUGAUUAGGGCUCACAAAUUGCAGAAAUUCAUUCAAGAUCCACUGCAAAUUCCAGAACAGUUCUUGACUGAGGAAGAUCGAUUGACAGAAACAGUGAAUUCAGCAUACUCUGAAUGGGAGCAACAAGAUUCUACUUUGUUUACUUGGUUGCUCUCAACACUAUCUGCUUCUCUUCUUCCUACAGUGGUUCAGUGUCGACAUUCAUGGCAGAUCUGGGAGGAAAUUCAUACUUUCUUCAACGCACAUUCCAAGGCUCAAUCUACUCAACUGCGCUCUGAAUUGAAGACAAUCACAAAAGGAACAAAGACUGCUACAGAGUAUCUCAAGCGAAUCAAGACUAUUGUCAAUACACUGACUUCGAUUGGUGAGCCAGUUCUGUUUCGUGAUCAUCUUGAAGCCAUCUUUGAUGGACUUCCAGAUGAGUAUAGUGCGUUGAUGACUGUGAUUUACAGUCGUGACACCUUUUUCACCAUCUCUGAAGUUGAGGCCAUGGUGAUUGCUCAUGAAGCACGCUUUGAGCGCAUGAAGAAGAAGCAGCAUGCAGAUUCCACUGCAUCUGUUUUUCUUACCCAAGUUCCUUCUCAGAUUCCUGCACCAGUGUCGCAACCACCACCGGUGGCCAAUCCUUCUCCAUCGUCUCCGUGGCAACCACCUUCAGCGUCACAAUCUGCGGUGCAGAGUGAUGAGCACGAUCGCGACAAUGGAGGAAGCAUCAAUGGCAACUAUGGAGGUAGCUAUGGCCGUGGACGCGGUCGCGGGAGAGGUCGCAGCACUCUCCAGUGUACGUUUUGUCACAAGUUUGGUCAUGAUGUUAGUUCUUGCUGGUCGAAGCCUGCGACAGCAUCGAAUGGUUCGAAUGGUGCUAUUGGUCAAUCCAAUUUUGGAAAUUCGACUACUGCACCCAAUUUAGGGUUUUCUGGAGCUCAAUUUGGGAAUUUAGGGUUUCCUAAUGCUCAAUUUGGGGGUUUUGGUCCCUACACGAAUUUAGGGUUUCCUGGAGCAAAUUUGGGAUUUUCUGGACUCAAUUUAGGGUUCUCUGGAGGAAAUCUGGGAUUUCCUAAUGCUCAAUAUGGAGGUUUUGGUCCCUAUACUGGUCUUGGAGCUGGAAUGCACAAUCCUUUUGGUCCUUGGUGUGCACCUCCUACUGUACAUGGUACUUGGGGCUCUCAAUUUUCUGCCAGACCACAACAACAGGCAGGAGCUAUUCCCAGAGGUUUUACUCCUCCUACUGCACCACCUCAAGCACCACCACAAGCAAUGCUUGCUACUGUUCCUUCUCAGGGUCCUUCUCCUACUGCAGCUGCAGCAGCAGUACAGUGGUUUCCUGACUCUGGUGCUACUCACCAUGUCACCAAUAACCCUGCUGUGUUUGUUGAUAACAGUCCAGUGAGCUCCUCAGAACAGAUUUACAUGGGCAAUGGUCAAGGAUUGCCUAUUCAAUCCAUAGGACACCUCUGAGCUUCUUCUCACAGGACGUGUGGGUGAAGAUGGUCUCUACUCCUUUGAUGGACCUCUCACUCGAGCUUCUUUGUCCUCAAGCCAGUCUUCUUCAGCACUUUCCUUUCGGCAUCACCAGGCUGCUCUUGUC